CACAUUUUAAAUUAUACAACUUGUGUGCACCUUGCGUUUUUAAACAAAAACAAAACAUUACAUUAAUGUCGUCAACAGUAUUUUAAAUUACUCUCAACGCUAUAUAUGUACGUGUAAUCACAAUCGCAUUUGGAGAGAGAGGAAAGCAAGCGUGUGCAAGAGAGAAGAGGGGCCAUAAACAAAACAACGGAUAAGACUGUGUGCAAGUCAGCGAUAAUUCCGUGAUAAAAUUCGUUUCUAUACGGAAAGCAACAAAGAGACUGACUGCUAACUAUUGACGACUGUCUACUGCCUACUUAUUAUGUGCCUACCUUGGAGCAUGUAAAGAUUAUCUUUAAGACAGAAGCUGAACCAAUUCCAAGCGCAUAACAUGUGUGUUAUUUUCUUCUACGCCAACUCGCAGCCCGGCGCCGAUGGCUACAAGCUCAUAUUGGCCUCCAAUCGCGAUGAGUUCUUUGAUCGCAAUACACAAACGGCAGCCAAGUGGCCAAAUGCCGAGCAUGUCUAUGGCGGCAUUGAUCUUCAGCCGGGACGUGAAGGCGGCACCUGGCUGGCCGUUGGAUGUGAGGAUGGUGUCUUUAAGGUGGGCGCUCUGCUCAAUUUGACCGGCGAGCCCAAGCCCCCGAAAGCAGUCGCGCACAAAAACAUUUUGCAGCCGCAUACAAAUUCCCAGAACGGCUGCAACAGCAAUCAGAACAAGCACCGGCAAACAAAUAACGAACAUUUCUUACUAGGACGCGGCAUGAUAGUGGCUGACUAUGUGCGCCAGUCCAACCCGGAGCACAACAUACUCAACUACAACAAAAGCCUGUUAAGCGACUGCACCAAGUACAGUGCCUUCAACUUUGUGUCCAUUGAAAUUGGGGACAGCUCGCAGCCGGCGCAGAUCAAGCUGCUCAGCAAUGUGCCGCCUACGUUGGCGCCUUUCGAGCAGGACAUGUGCUAUGGCUUUGGCAACAGUCUACCCGAUGUGCCUUUCGAGAAAGUGCGUUAUGGUCAGCAGCAGUUCGAGCAGCUAGUGCAAGAACAUGGUCAUGCGGAUGUGCAGACUUUGAGCGGCGAGUUGCUGCAGCUGCUAAAAAACAAGCACAAGCACUGGCCCGACGCGGAACUCAAGAGACGCGCGCCCAGCUGGGGCGAAGGUCUUAGCGCGCUCAAUGUGCAUAUUGAGGAGCAUGCCUAUGGCAGUCGCACCCACUCACUAAUCCUAGUCGAUGCACAAAACAAACUGCACUUUAUCGAGGAAACCAUGGAGACAUUGGAUCCCAGCGGCCCUUGGCGCUGUACGCACAUUGAAAAGCAAUUCUAAGGCCAUUUGAUAUAUACUGCAGUUGUUAGCCGAGAUGCGGCUAAACUCCAAAUUCCAGCAGUAAACCUAGUUCCAAGCAGCUAGCCAUAUAGAAAUAUAUAUAUAUAGUUUAACAAU